AAACACAUAUACAGCUGCUACAAGAAGCGACUUAGGACGAGCUAUAAAUUCGCGGAGCUGUGUUUUCCCUGCAGCGAAUGGAUCACCAGCGAGAAGGAAUGGAUAGACCAUUGCCAAGCCCACCUGGACAAGCCUGAAGGGAUUCCAACUCAAUGUAAUCCUUUCAGCUAUGGUGGAUGCCUGGCCUCCCCUAGAUACUGCCCUUUCUGUCUCGGCGAUACUGCGCUUCCCGCCACUUCUCUGAUGCGUCAAUUCCUUGACCGACCCGAAUGGCAAGACCAUGUUGAGCAACAUAUUGAAAAACUAGAA